UAUGAAGCUUACAUUGUAAAAUCUAUUGAUGCUUUACUUUUGUUUUCCUGUUUUACAUCAGAAAAGGAGAACCUAUGUCUAUAUGGAUUCCCCAAUGAACAAUGGGAAGUUAAUUUGCCAGCUGAAGAAGUUCCUCCAGAACUUCCCGAACCUGCAUUGGGCAUAAACUUUGCUAGGGAUGGGAUGCAAGAAAAGGACUGGUUAUCUUUAGUUGCUGUUCACAGUGAUGCAUGGCUACAGUCCGUGGCUUUCUACUUUGGAGCGAGAUUUGGUUUUGAUAAAGCUGACAGGAAACGCCUAUUCACUAUGAUUAAUGAUCUGCCUACUAUAUUCGAGGUCGUAACUGGAUCUGCAAUGAAACAGGCCAAGGAGAAGUCAUCAGACCGCAACAGCAGCAAAUCAAAGUCCGGUUCAAAACGAGGAUCUGAAUCUGUGAAGUAUGUAAAACAAGAAGUGAAGGAGGAGGAGGUAUUGGACGAAGAAGUAGACGAGGAACACGGAGAGACCUUGUGUGGCGCUUGUGGGGAGAACUACGCAUCCGAUGAGUUCUGGAUUUGUUGCGACAUAUGCGAGAAGUGGUUUCAUGGGAAGUGUGUGAAAAUCACUCCUGCCCGGGCCGAGCACAUCAAACACUACAAGUGCCCCUCAUGCAGCAACAAGAGAGCAAAACCUUGAUAUCAUAUAUAAGUGGUGUUAUGGGGUAGGUAUCAGACCCCUGUAAAUCAUGCUGGACUGCUAACUUGUUAGUUCCUUAGGCAUUCUGCAUUGUGCCCUGUUGGUGCAUCCUAGGUAUUCACUAGUGUUGUCUAGUCAACUCAAUGUGGAUAUAAUUAUUCAACAUUUGAUAGUUUUCUGCUUCUGAACUUCUAUGACCUGUUCCCCUGCAUUGGGAUAUGUUUGUUCUUAGUACCUGACAACAUAUGUGCAGCAGCUUCAUUUGUGCUUGUUA